UCUCGUGCGUAACGAGGAUGAUCCGGUGAAGGUGAAUCCGGCACAGGCAGAGAAGCAGUCAGAGGAGAGCGGCACUUCAACUCCUCCUCGUCGCAGCACCUCCUCAGCUGACGAAGAGGAGCCUGAAAGUUUCAGAACAGUCGGGAGGAACUCUCCGAGACGCGCAAAGAGUUCCCACACGCGACCGUAGCCUGCGACGCGCGACCCAAGAGGCUAUGGAUCGGAGGAUGAGCCUGAACGCCGGCGCGGGGGACAUUUUCCAUAAAACUCUCAGCGCCGUGUCCACCAAGAAGAUGGACCCUUUCAGAUCGGCCGGCCUGGAGCUGCCCACCAGAGACCGCCAGUCCCAGAUCGGCUGCUUUGACCAGGCAGACCCAGACCCGAUUCAGCCGGGGGGACUUGCGGGCAGCAGAGGGGGCACGCUGGGUCUGCCGACUGGAUCUUUGUGCGUCAACUACGGGGAGAGCGCCAACAGGACUUCGGCGGCAGAGAGCAGCGGCGGGGAGCAGAGCCCCGACGAUGACAGCGACGACAGGUGCGACAUGGUCCUCCUGGCCGACGUGCGGACCGGCCCCGGGGGGAAAGUCGAGGGAGGUAAGAAAACCAAAGAGCAGAAAAUGCUGAGGCUAAAUAUCAACGCCAGGGAGAGACGGAGGAUGCACGACCUGAACGACGCGCUGGACGAGCUCCGGGCUGUCAUCCCUUACGCGCACAGCCCGUCCGUGCGGAAACUCUCCAAAAUCGCCACGUUGCUGCUCGCUAAGAACUACAUCCUCAUGCAGGCGCAGGCGCUGGAGGAGAUGAGGAGGCUAGUGGCGUAUCUGAACCAGGGCCAGGCGAUCUCCGCGGCUUCCAUCCCGGCCACCACUGCGCUUGCAGCUCCGGGGCUGGGCGCGUACGACCAGCCGCCCGGAUACCCGUUCCCGACCGGCGUGGCUGCGCCCUCAUGCCCGGAUAAGUGCGCGCUGUUCAACAACGCAACCGCCAGCCUGUGCAAACAAUGCACUGACAAGCCUUAACUGCGCCCCGCAAAGAACUCCAAAAAGACUCAAAAGAAGCACAGAAGAGAGCAGCUCCCACUUUGGAGGACACUAAGAGACAGAGUCCUCUUGUUCAAAUAGAGACUCAAAGUAACACCGAUACUUUUAUAAUAUUUACUAAAUACAAUAAGACGGCUUCUUUUUUUGUUCCAACAAUACUUGAUUGUGUAUCUGAAUCAUUCUUAAAGUGCUGAUUGACACGAGGGCCGGACAGAGGAGGAAGAAGAAAGGCCUGUGAAACAUGUAGGACGCUUUUUUGGAGAUUUGAGUGACCUGGCAACUUUGAACUUUGA